UGGGCUCCUGCCGGAAGGAUGAAGAAUUGUCUUUAAGGAUGACAACGGGCAGGACGGGCCCAUCAACUCAUCUUCGCCUGUCUCUGGGCCCACAGCACCUCUCAAACGCCACACCACUCUCAUUGCCCAGCCUGUGUCCCUACUUCCCCUCUGAGAUCUCUCCUCUUUCCUCUGUCCCUGGGAUAGGAACUUAGUCAGAAACAGACUGCAUCCCCUUUCUGUCUGCUGACAGCGUUUCUCUCCCUACUAUUACCUGUGCUCAGGCCCAUCCAACCAUCUCUUCCCCAGCCUGACACACUUCCCCACCCUCUUCCUUCACCUGGGGGACCCUCUGCCUCUCCACCCUACCCACAACCUCUUUUGUCUUGCUUUCCUGGUCAUGACAGCCUCCCUGCCACCUCCCACCCCCACACUCCCACCAUCCUUCCAACCAUCCCAGCACCCUCCUUCUUAAUCUUGGGAGGCAUCUGGUCUGGCUGAACUGGAGAAUUCCGGGAUCUAGGCCAUACUCCUUAGCAGACAGCCCCAUCCUUGGGAGGAGGAGCAGGAGAGAGCCUGAGGACGAAGUUGGGGGGGGGGGUGGAGGAGGUGGGAAUAAGGUCAAACCAGGAGGCCCCUGAAGACAGACCGUGGGGAGAGUAGGACUGAGGAGAAAGCAGAGGAACUAGAGCCAAGGCCAGUGGAAGAGGGGGGCCAGCAGGAGGUAUUUGCGGGGGAGGUUCAGCAGCUGUCUUUCCUAAGACAGGGACACAUGGGCCUGGUUAUUCCUCUUGUCACAUGUGGAGUCGUAGGAGAUGGGAGAGGGAGAAAGACAGGGCAGGCAAAGAGGGCCGUGGCACAGAGAUAAGUGGGCUUAGCCAUCAGAGCCAUGGGGCCCCAACAGAGGGGCACCUGAACCCAGCUUAAUCCAGCACACGCAUUCCCUCACCUUGAAGUCCUCUCAAACUGUCCAGACUGCUUCCUGGCAAUGCUGACCCCUGACAGGGUCUUCUCUUAGUACAGGCAGUACCCACAUUCCCACUGGCGAAGGAGGAACAAGACAUGACCCCCAGUGUGUUUUUGGUGACGAAAGCAGGAAAGCAAGAGCCUGAACAGAUUUUAGCAGCAGAAUUGGCCUGGGCAGGCGUGUGACCCCAGUGCCCCAGAGGGGCUGUGCCCCAACAGCCACCUGUCUUCCUACCCAUCUGCUCCCCAGAGUGCUGCCUGCUCUGGACCUGAGUCCUGGAGCCCUUCUCUACCCGGAUAGGUUCUAGAUCCUCCUGCUCCUUGGCCCACCUGUGCCCCACCUGUACCCCGCCCCACUCUGCCCAGAAGUGCAAGAGCCCAAGCCGCCUCCAUGGCCCCAGGACGGAUUCAGGGGAGAGGCCCCAUUCAGGGAGCCACUCCAAGCAGACAGCCUGGCCAGAAUGGAGCUGACUGAAUUGCUCCUCGUGGUCAUCCUUCUCCUAACUGCAAGACUAACUCUGUCCAGCCCGGCUCCUCCUGCCUGUGACCCCCGACUCCUAAAUAAACUGCUUCGUGACUCCCAUGUCCUUCACAGCAGACUGAGCCAGUGUCCAGACAUUAACCCUUUGUCCACACCUGUCCUUCUGCCUGCUGUGGACUUCAGCUUGGGAGAAUGGAAAACCCAGAGGGAGCAGACCAAGGCACAGGACGUUCUGGGAACCACGACCCUUCUGCUGGAGGCAGUGAUGGCAGCGCGGGGACAGCUGGGCCCCACUUGCCUCUCAUCCCUCCUGGUGCAGCUUUCUGGGCAGGUCCGCCUCCUCCUUGGGGCCCUGCAGGGCCUCCUAGGAACCCAGCUUCCUCCACAGGGCAGGACCACAGCUCACAAGGAUCCCAGUGCCAUCUUCCUGAGCUUCCAACAGCUGCUCCGAGGAAAGGUGCGCUUCCUGCUGCUUGUAGUAGGGCCCACCCUCUGUGCCAAGUGGACCCCACCCGCCACAGCUGUCCCGGGCAGCAUCUCUCCAUUGCUCACACUGAACAAGCUCCCAAACAGGACUUCUGGAUUGUUGGAGACCAACUCCAGUGUCUCAGCCAGAACUACUGGCUUUGGACUUCCGAACAGGCUGCAAGGAUUCAGAGCCAAGAUUCCUGGUCUGCUGAACCAAACCUCCAGGUCCUUAGGCCAAAUCCCUGGACACCUGAAUGGGACACAAGGACCCUUAAGUGGAAUUCACGGACUCUUUCCUGGGCCCUCACCCAGGGCCCUAGGAACCCCAGAUAUUCCUCUGGGAACUUCAGACAUGGGCUCCCGGCCACCCUACCUCCAGCCUGGAGAUUCUCCUUCCCCAGCCCAUCCUCCCCCUGGACAAUACACACUCUUCUCUCCUUCGCCCACCUCACCCAUCCCCAUGGUCCAGCUCCAAUCCCUGCUUCCUGACCCCUCAGCCAUCACACCCAACUCUUCUAGUUCUCUUCUAGUUGCAGCCCGCUCUCACUUCCAGAAUCUGUCUCAGGAAGAGUAAGGUACUCAGCAUUGCCAACAUCAGCCUUCUCGUACGUCCUCUUACUUGUAGGAGAGGCCCUGGGAGACAACUGCAGCUAUACAGGCAUACCUCAUUUUAUUGCUCUUUGUAGAUACUGUAUUUUUUACAGAUUGGUUUGUGGCAACCCUGUGUUGUCAGAUGAUGGUUAGCGUUUUUUAGCAAUAAAGUAUUUUUUAAUGAA